AUGGAACGAUUCAUUCCCGAGCACCCCCUUCCUACAGAAAUCCAAGAGAUGCCAAAAGAUGACACAGUUUGUCAGUUCUGUGGUGUCAGCUACCUUAUUCACAGCGAAAUGAAAGCAUUGGAGGAACGUGUCAAGGAAGCAGAGAGGAAAAUGCAGUACUACGUCGAAAGUGUAGAGCGAGAAGAAAAACUCAAAGUUAAAGUGGCCAGUAUGGAAGAAGAAAGUGAUAAGCUUUCAAGGGCAUUGCAAGCAAGUGAUGAAAGGUGAGAAGAUAUAAAGUAAUGUCUUGUUAUCAAAUAGAUUUCUUGUUGCAGUGCAUCUGUUCAGUAAUAAAUCACAGAUCGUGAAUCAAAAUGUGGUGAGAAUGAGACACUGCUGUCCAUACCACAUUUUGAUGUCUUCUGUGAUCUAUUACUGAACAGAACCACAAUAACAUGGAAUCUAUUUGUUUUGCAGGAGUAGCUAAAUGUAAUAAAUGGUGAUGUCAUCUGUGUCUGUCUUCCAAUAGAUCAUAACCAAGGAAGGAUAUGCAUAUAAUUCAGUUUAUUAUAUAAAUAAGUUUCAUGGUACUUUGUAUGGUCUAUCAAACUAAUAUGUAAUCAAUGUUAACCCUUUAACUCCCAGAAGUGAUGAACAUGUAAUUUCUUCCUAUAAUUUCCUUACAUUGUUUAGCAAACAGGUACUGAGAACACUCAAACUUAUCAGGUAUAAAUUGUUAUCUUGAUUUAACACCAAAUUCUCAUAACUAAUUUACAAGGAAAUGUACAGUAGCAAGAGGAGAAAAUUACCAGUCAGAUCAUGGGAGUUAAAGGGUUAAUUAAUGCAUUGUUGAUCUAUUUCAUUAUUCCCUUUUUUUGGUUCACUUACCAAUUAGUCAGAGCUACAACUCAAUUUAUUCAAUAAAUAACUUCAGUAGCUUGUAAGAAAUUUUGAAUUAUUCAAACUGCACAAACCCCUUUGAGCUUAACUUAUCAGAAUUAACUGCCUACAGGGAGCUUUAAAUAGCCUUAAUUGUGUACUUCAGGAAAAACAAAACUCAUGUCUUAAUAUUACUGACCUUUACUAAAAUAUGAGCAGAAUUUCAUUAUUUGAUAAUAACAUAUUAUAAUCUUGUUGGUAGGACCAAGAUUUUGGUGCAAGAGUUAACUUCAAAGCAAAGCCAGAUUGAAAACUGUAAACAACAGAAAGACGAUCUUGAAAAGGAACUUCAGAGAAAGAACGAAGAAGUCAAGAGAACUCAGUUGAAGUUGAAUGAUCUUGUGAGGCAAAUUUCAUCCUUUCAUGAAACCUUACAAACACAAAGGACAGCACUAAAUGACAUUAAAGUUAGUGUUAGAGAAAAUUGUCGUAACAUCACAGAGAGUUACAGUAAAGUUGUGAAUACUGUUGCUCUUUCAUGUGAGAAGUUUGCAAAGGAUACAAAAGUCCUUGAGGAGAGUUUAUCUAAGGUAGGAUGGUACUUUGUGAAAUGCAUACAGUGUCACUCUUUUCCAGUACUUAGUUGACCCUUUCACUCUCAAGAUCUCUACAGUAGUUCUCCUUACUGUCUGCCAUGUGAUUCUUAAGAUGAUAGCUCAGAGAGUUUGGUAUUGGAUCAACUAAAAACCCCUUAAUUGAUAUUUUUCCUUAUUCUCAUCACUUGUCUACUUGUUAUAGUAUUGAUAUUGUAAGGGGAAAUUCUGUUUUGGUCACUCUUGGGAGUUAAAGGGUUAAUGUAAGCGGCAAAUAUCUUCAUUGAACAAAUCGAGAACCUGAGACAUUAUCAUUCUUAGAGAACACCAAGUUGUGUGCCAUUCAUACUAACAUUCUCUUACACAGUGUGUGGGUGGGUUUCUGAACUAAUCUCUAGUUGUUCAUGUCUAUAAUUCUUUGUCUUACUGAUGUGCAUUUGAGUUUUUUGUAAUCACUAAAUGACACGAUACAAACUUUUCCAUUAGUGCGAAAAUGAAAAAAAGAUGCAACAUGAGGCUAUUGGCAAAGCUGAAGCACUGGUCAUGGAACUUACUUCAAAAUGCACUGAGUUAGAAGAUAGAGUUGAUGCCCAAGAGAAAGAAUUGAUCAAAACAAAGGAACAGAAUCACACCUAUAGCAAAGAAUUAUCACAGUACAAGGAACUCAUGAAGUAAGUAGUACAGUAGACUUAAAAGCGAGACAUCCCAGGUUGAGCUCUGGCUGGUGUCACUGUGCAAUACUGUCAAACUCUGAUACUGUUUUGAUGUUUCAACCUAUCAGACAAACCUGAUUAGUUCUAGUGAUAGGAAGGGAACAUGAAGGGGAGGGAGAAGAUGGUACUUGGGUACACAAUUUGCCUGGACUACAACAGAUUGUGUAUUGAGAAGUGUACAAAGUCUUUACUAGCAGAACUCUCCCUUGGUUUAACACCUCACCUCCCUUGAUAUUAGCAUCCCAAUUCUUUCCACUUUUAUAAGAGUUGACUGUGCUCUGGUCAGGUGGUUAUGUGGUUGUAAUCAAAUUUGUAAUUGUAAAAUUUUAUUUACUUUUAUUUAUAUCCUACAAAAGAAAAAAUACUUAUUAAUAUUGAUUAAAUUUGUAACUAAAGAUGCAGAUACACACCAAUUGUGUAAUCUUUUGUAGUGAUGACUUUAAGUUAAAAUGAUGAGUUUGUUUUAGCUUGAAUAAGUGGUGGUGUAACUUCCAAUAGAUGUUAAAUUCAGUAUAAUGUUUCCUUUCAGUUCUAAAGUUAAUGAAGUGAAUGAAUGGAAAAACAAAUUUCAAAGUGAAUCAGGAAGUUUAAAAGAAGAAAUCAAGAAAAAUCAAGGCGACAUUUCAUCCAAAGAGAAGCAGAUUCAGCAGCUAGUGGAAAAUUGUAAAAAUCUAGAGAAGCAGGUUGCAGAAUAUUCAAAGGCAAGGAAUGAUGUAGAGGAGAAAAGUGCAAAUUCCCUGGAGGAAAUCAAGGUAGAGUUGUUUAAUUUGUUCUUCUUGCUCCUUCCAUUUUUGUUUCAGUUUCUUCAAUCUUAUAGUUGCUUCUUUGUGAGUAAAUUUGAAGAGUUAAGUUAGAAUGCAAUCUAGUGGUCAAAUGUCAGUUGACACUGUUAAUUUAUUACUCAAUUCUCAACACUAUCUCAAAAAAUUAAUUAAAAGAAGAUAAUUGAAUUUGGAAUCUGUUGACCAAUGACUUCCAUAUUACUGCUACUGCAUUUGACAACUUAACACUUUGUUUCACAUAUACAGGACUCGUAAUUUACUGACAGUGAAAAUGUUAUUAUGUUAUUAGUAAAAAUUAUAGUUAGUGAUGAAACUAUCUAUAUCAUUCUCCAUCAUUUUCCUUGUCUUCAUAAUCUACAACUUUUAAGACUUUUACAAAUUGCUGUACAGUGUUAUUGUACCUACAUACAAUAAAAAAAGACAAUUUUUUUCCUUUUUUGAUAAAAUAUUUUGGUUACCUAGUACAUGUAACUAAUUGUUUAUAUUCUGUUUUAAUUUUGUGUAAAGGCUUUGAAGGAAUCCUGCUUCAAAGCAAAAAAUGAGGUCACAGCUCUAAAAGAAGAAAGGUGUGCCUAAGAUAUUUUGUAUAUUCCAUAUUUAACAUGGUAGUGUUAAACUAAGCUUUGUAGUUAAGUGUCAAACAGUCCAUUUGAGUCAAGAUUUUAUAAGCAAGGGUUGUAUUCCAUUUUACAUAGACAUCCACAUAUUUUACCUGAAGUUGCCUGUACCUCAAACAAAAAUUGCAGUGGAGCUUCAUUAUUUUUACUACCAGUUAGAUUAUUUAUAAAGGAACUCUUACAGGGCUUUAAAUUUUUUCCUAAUUUAUCUUUAAUUUUUCCUCAUAAUCCACCUAUUCUUUACCUACUAAUUACACAGACCUAGCUUUGCAUAAAUAGCUUUCAAUAGUAACACUACUUACUUGGCACACAGCUUAAAACAAGUACAAUAAUUAUCUUAUUUACCAUCUUUACCAAAAAAAACUAACCUAACUUACAUGUACACGUACAUGUGUUUUUCUAUUACUAUUAUUAUUAUCAUCAUCUUAUUCAUCAUUGAUAUCUAGUUAUAAUUAUUCCUAUCAUUUUUUCCCCCUAAAUGCAUGUGGAUGGUUAACAGAGAGAUGAUGAUAUCUGCCCAUCACAACCGUAUAGAGCAACUGAGAGAAAGCUUUAAGAAAAAAAUGGAAGAGGCAGAUGCUUGGCCAGAAAAGGUACCAAACUAUCCCAAUUGUAUGCAGAUUUAACUUCAGAGCAAAACCAGAUUGAAAACUAAAAACAAUAGAAAGGUAGUCUUCAAAAGGAACUUUAGAGAAAGAAUAAAUAAUAAUUUUCAAAGAAUCUUAACCAAAAUAAGCCAUUAUAACCCUCUUAAUAACCUUUUCUCGUCAUUUCAGCUCAACAAAAUUGUGAAGGAAAAAGAAGAACAGUUCAAUGAGGAGAAAAACAACCUGUGGAGGGAUUUAACGGAAGGAUUUCAGAAGGUACACUGCAUUGCUUCUUUGGCUUGUCAAUGCAUACAGAGUAUGUUAAUAAUUCUGGUGUAACAAGGGCAUUUAAAUGCAUACGGUUCUGAGGCCACCUCCUAAGAACUGACUCCUUUUUUUUUUUUCGCCUGAUGUGUUGCAAUAAUGACAUAUUUUUUUUUGCUCUGGGUGCUCUGUUUGUGCACUUUUCGCGCGUUAGAGCUCCGCAAGAACGAAAAACAUGAUGUCACAGAAAUAUUUCUUAAGUUUUCCUUAUCAGAAAAAAGCAAUGAUUUUCUCGUUUAUGAAAUAUGCUUUAUGUUUUGUUUUUUUGUUUUUCCGAAAUUUGACGGUGCUGUUUCUUUCCGCCGUGUAGUAUCUUCAGAGGAUAUGACUUCAUGUUCCUUGCAACAUGCACACUACGGGAGCUGUUCUUUAUAACAAAAAGUUGUGCUCAUGCUUAGAGCCACUUUUACUGCAUAUAUGUGUCAGUGCAAGUUAUUGUACACGACGGUUUUUUUCUUGUGAAAAUGUCACGUAUUCAUUAUUCCUCUCAGUAAAUUUUGUUUAGUUUGAUUUUUUGUUUUGUUUUUUGUUUUGUUUUGCCUUAUUCCUUUUUUUAUAUAGGAAAUGGACGAAGAACAGCAGAAACACCAAGAAGAGCUCGGCUUGUGGAAGAAGGAGGCCAAGGCUGCACAAGACAGAGUACGUAGGAUACUGGUCCAGUUAUUUGAUAUCUGUUUAAAAUUAUGUCCUCUCCCAUGCAAGUAGUUAUGAAACGAAAACAAAACAAAAUUGGCGAAUAAACUCAUAGUUUUGCCGAAACUGCACAGUGAGUAACUUAAACAGAAAUGAUACUGAACUUUAAUUGUUAUCUGACGAUUGUUUGGAUAGACUAUGUGGAUUUCCUUUACCCUUGCACGAGAAGCGAACGGCCAAGAAUGAGUCGCUUUGCUAUCUCAAUGAUUAAAUCUGGUCACUUCGCUCAAACACUUCUUUUGCACUUCCCUGUGUGUAGUUUAAAGAGGACAUCACCACCAUGAACCGAAGACACCGUGAGGAUAUCAAACGUCUGGAACGAGAAUUGACUGAAGCUAAAGUGGGUGAACUCUUGAUUCUCAUGAGCGCUUUUCGAUUGAGUGUCGUGACACCUAAAUCAAAGUAACUAUGGCCAAUCAGCAUAAAAGUUGGUAAUCUCGAGGAGCCAAUAAGAACUCAGAACAAAAACACGAAAACGACCUUAAACGCGGGGAAACGCGAGUGACCUAGGCGCGAUUGGUUCAGUUUUUGGAUCUGAUUGGUUGGAGAGGGUUGCGCCAAUCACAGAGACUAGUUACGUAUCAUGGUAAUACGAAACCAAAGCAAUCUCGAUUUCUGUGUAGACUCAGUUCAAAUAAUUCGUGACCUUUUUUCAGCUCGUUGUCAUUGCACAGAGUGGGCUAGCUGAGGCGAAGGUGAAACCUAUCUCUUCAAGUCAUGAACCUCUUUUAUGUAGUCAAAUCAUACCGGCAUAAUUACAAAUAAAGGUAGUUUGGAAAGAAAUUCUGCAAUCUCUGAUUAUGGAAGUUCCCUUUCCCAAAAUGUUGUAUUUUCCGUAAUCUUUCCAAGUAGUUCUUUGUCCUGAGGUUUUGUAAGUUUUUGUACUCUGUUAGGUUAUCUUGAGACGACUUACAUUUACGAAGGUUACUCUUUUUCUAGGAGAAAAGUGAACAAACAAAAAAUGCCGAUGACUCGCUCGUACAAAAUCUGGAAGCGAAAAUCGUAGAUUUGGAGAAUCGCUUGCGUCAGCCGUUGGCAGACUCCGAAGAAGUUCUAAGAUUAAGAACCAGGCUCCAGGAGUUGGAUAAGAUGCUCCAAAGUGCCGAGCAGCAGAUAAACGAACUGGAAACGAGAAGUGAAUCUUGGAGACAAGAGGUACCAGGUUCUUUAUUCCUGAAUGUCGUGUCAUACAUGGUCCCUUCUGAUUUGUCUGUUUGGCUCUCUGUUUCUGACUGUCUGACUGUCAAUAAAAAUAAAAAUAAAAAAAUUGCAUGAACUUCCUCUAAACUGUCUGCUUUCUCUUUCUAAGUCUGCGAUAUGUGUCCCACGAUCAUUAUUUUCUAUUCGUUUCUGAACAUUUUUUGCCUGCCUGUCUGCUUUUCAUCUACCGGUCUGGUUACCGCUUACGCCAAGGUUUGAUGUCCUUGACAAAUUUAGUUCAACUGGAAGACGAAAGGAAAUAAUGUUAGGUCGAAAAGGAUAGAGAUUCUAUUUGUCUGUCUACCUAUGCGUUUGUCUGCCUGUCCUUCCGUCUGUACCUCUUUGUUUUUACCUUUUUGUUGAACUUCUCCUUUCCUAUCUUUUACUCGUUUAUUCUUCUGUGUAGUAAAUAAGUUUUCAUCUUCGAAGCGGAAGGGUUAAAUCUUCCGGUUAAGUAGUGUACUUCAAAUUUGAGAUAGGGAAAAAUCUUUUUUGUUAAAACUAACGUACUUCUUACUAUCGUAGGUGGUCUUUUUACAAGAAACUGUUCGACGCGAGUGCGAGGAACGCUUUGAGCUGACCGAUGCUCUUGGUGAAGCACGGGCUCAGUUGUUAGCUCUUCAACGCACUUCCGGUGCCUCGCUGUCACGAAGUAGUCUCAAUUCAUCUAGUUCUUCCAGCAGCGUCAUCCGGGGUAGUCGCAAAGGACAUGACGUCAAUGGACAAAGUGACAGUUCUACCACCCAGGCUAUAUCUUGCCCCGUUGGAUUUGAUGGAGGCGUAGGGUGUAGGCCUGGCACACGUUCACGUGACACGAGAAAGUUGUCGCGUGAAGGAAGUGUAGACGAUAGUCGAAAGCGAAUCGCCGCUGCCGUUCGGCAAUCGGGGACAAAGAGCCGUUUGGGGGGAAAUUUUAGCAGUUGAAAAAUUCCAAAUACUUUGAAAAAAGGGAGAACUUGUAGAUAUGAGUUGAUGGCAAAUGGGUAACGACAAGGAGACCAGAGAAAUCUGGAUGGAGAUCGGGGAAACGCUUGCCAGCUGUCACAACGGCUGAGAAACUUUUUUCGAGCGAAGAGAAGAGCAAGAUUUUAACAAGCAUCGAUUUGAUUACUGUAGCGAGCGUGGUACGCACCCAAGACGCAUCAUACGUGUAGUACGUCUUAUUUAUGUAUAUUUGUAUGUAGCUCCAUUUAAGUGGCCCUUGUGUAUAACGCACUAAGCUUUAACUUUUAAAUCUUAACGCAUUCAGCUACACACAAGCCGAUUUCGUAUCUGCUAGGUGAAUAUGGGCGUUGAUACAGAGUCAUUGACCUAAACCUAGAAUUCAUGGUUUAGGAUUUUUUGCUCUGUUUUGAUACUUAGCUUUGUGAUUGAGUUACUCUAUGCCCUCUUUUCUUCUAGACGAGGAAAGAAAAACUGAAAGGCAAAGAGUGUGAAUACAACUGGUUUAAUCCUCGACUGAUAAUAUAAUGACUAUGUCUGUUGAACAUAAUUAGUUCGUCGUGGGGCCUGGGGUGUCUAAGUCCUUAGAUUGACAGCCCGUGUUCCUGCCUAUGAAUUGCGAAGCAAAAUGCAUAAACUCGCGUUUCUACACUAAAUUCUGUGGGGAUACACAGAAUUUUAUUUUUGUAAUAUCCUAUUAGGGCAGGAACUCCUCCGUGUGACCUUGGUUAUCUUCUUCACUGCGCGAUGUCAUUUCCAGCGGGCUCGAUGUUUUCUUUUUUGUCAUCUUAACAAACCAGUGUUUUAUUACAAAUCGAAAUAAAACAAGCAGCUGAAUUAACUUUAUUCUCAAUAUCUCUGACCAUUUACGGAAGGCAGAGAGAAUUUUUACUCGUCG